AUGUCCACCCAGCGCCAGUACCCCACACCCUACUUCCGCCACCCAGCCCCACCCCAGUCCAGCAACAUCCAGGUCCGCAACCGCAACAACCCCUCCUCCUCGUCCCGCCGCCUGAGCCGCACCACCGCCUACCACCCACUCGUGACUCAGCGCCGCCUGUACCAGCAACCGGAGCACCAGCAGUACGACGACAACAACGACGGCGAAUACGACUUCUCUGGAAGCUCGGCGUCGGAGUCUGGCAGCGAGACCGAGACGGACGAGGACCACCCUAAACGCAAGCGCAAGCACCGUGCCCGUGAGCGCCACCACGACGGCGCUCGUCCCAAGAAGCGCGUCGCACUGGACGGACACACUACGAAGAACUCUGACAACUCUGUUCCCCACAUGAUCGCGUACAUCCAGGCUCACCCCGAGAAACUCACUGCAGAGCAACUCACAACCAUCCGUCAGAUCGGAGCUGGCCCCAAGCAGACCCACCGUGGUCUCGAGCAAGACCUCAUGGAUGUUGACGAGCAGGAGGAGGAGGAGGAGAAGGAGAGGAAGAAGCAGAUUGACGACCUCUACGCGGACGGCCUUCACGUCAUCAGCGAACUGGACACCGUGUCCUCGGCAGUGAACUUCAAGACCAGCCUUGGCCAGGCCCGUGUCAUUGACGACCUCGUCAAGGCGUUCAACCCCGUCAUCAGUGCCUAUGACGGAGAGAAGCUUGGCGCGCACACCAAGACGUGGCUCCAGGCGGAGAAGGGUUCCCGCGCCAAGAUUGACCAGUCCUUUGAGGGUGGAAGCAUCAAGAUGAUCGCUACCAAGGCCAAGGCGGCUGCCGAGGCGGCCAAGAUCCGUGCUGCUGAAGAGGAGAAGAAGCGUCUUGUGCAGGAAGCUCUUGGCGACUUUGACCUUAUCCUCGCUAACCAGGGUACCCAUCUCAAGGGUCUCCGCACCGAGUUCUCUGACAAGGAGGCCACGUAUUGCAACGAGGCCAUGAAGUUCCCCGACGCCGAGCAGAUCAAGGAGCAGGUCACCAAGGAGGCCAUGAGCCUCCUCAUGCUCGUUUGA